GAGGAGGAGGAGUACUGUAAGAUCGGUAGGGUUUGCGGUCGCAGCGGGAGAAGCUGCUGCGCUCUAGUCGUCUAAGGCGCCGUGGAUCCGCUGGGGAAGCGCAGCGCUGCCAAUAUGCGAUUCGAUUGGCGCUGAUGAAGCAGUGGAUUCUUCCCGUGGCGAGGAACACCUAUCUCUCCCUGAGUCUCCGGCUGGGUUAAUUGGCUUGAUUGAUGAAGACCCGUCGAAACAAAUCUGUCUCGGCCCGGCAGGCGAGCACUGCGAAUGGCGGGAAGGCAGCUUUGGGCGGCCCCUCUCCUGCAAAGAAACCAAGGACCAAUCGCCCACGAGUGGCAGGAAACAAGAUUCCACAUUUUUUGCUGGAAGAGGCAAAAACAAAGAAUGGCAAGAGCGUCGACGAUGAUAAUUCCGAUGACUACGACUUCAACAAUGUCGUGAAGGCAGUGGCCUUGACCCUGGCAGAGGCUUCUCAAAAUGGAUCGGAGUCUGAGUCACCAACACCACCCAAGGCAAAAGAGAACGGAAAGGCAACCAGGGCACGUCCUUCGGAACCGGACACUACUAGCACAGGUGAUAAAAACAAUGGAAGACGGCCGCCCUCUAAAAGAAUAAGAAAUCGACGAGAGAGUCGAGAGAAUCUGGAAGAAGAACGUGAGGGCUCGGACAUGGGAGUUGUUGAAGACUCGAAACCUCAAAAGACAAGGUUUUUACCGCAACGUUCAAAGAAACGAAGCAGACAGCUAUUCUCUUCGGGAGAUGAAAUUAGUGGUCUCGAUGCACUCGCAACGUUGGCGGACUUGUCUCUAAGCGGAUUACUUCCUUCUCCAACAAAUGAAGCAGGAGGGGAUGGAACAGCUCCUGAGCAGCAGAAGCUACAAGAUCUUGUUACACAAGUUUUGAGAUCAGAGAGAGGAUCCGUGAAGAAAGAGCAACGCGAGGAAGGCAGAGCGAAAGAGCAGAGCAACAAGAAGCAGCCAUCGGCUUCGCCAGAUGCGAAAAGGAAGAAGAAGCGCACUGAGAAGAGCGAGGCUGGCACAAGCACGAAACCCGACGAGAAGGCCCUUCCGUUUGUAUACAAGCCACAUGGGAGAACCAAGCGCAUAUCUACAUCUAAAUUGCACAGGCACUCGCGGCACGACGGCUUUGAUGAAUCCGCGCAAGAUGGUGACUUUGAGCCCAGAAGUAAAAGAAAACAUACUAGUGAGAAGGAGACACGUACAUAUUGUCCACACACAACUGCUGAGUUUGGACCUUCUAGUGCAAAGGCCCGAUUACUACACUGUCUGUCAAUCCCAAGGGUUAGGCAAUGGUGUGUCUACGAGUGGUUUUACAGCGCCAUUGAUCUUCCGUGGUUUGCGCGUAACGAAUUUGUUGAGUAUCUUAAUCAUGCCGGCUUAGGACAUGUGUCCAAGCUUACGCGAACAGAAUGGACUGUUAUAAGAAGCUCACUGGGAAAGCCGCGUCGGUUGUCACAAAAGUUUUUGCAAGUAGAAAGGGAGAAGCUAGAAGCGUACAGAGACACAGUCCGCGCGCAUUACCACGAUAUUCGGAAUGAUAAAUCAGGAUGCUGCUUACCACCAGAUUUAGCUCGACCUUUGACUGUCGGACAGCGAGUGAUUGCUCGGCAUCCAAAGAAUGGGGAGAUACACGAUGGCAGAAUACUUACGGUGGAUCGAAACCGAUGUCGCGUUCAGUUUGAGCGCACUGAACUUGGAGUCGAGUUUGUCCUGGACAUCAACGCUAUGCCCGUCAACCCGCUCGAGAACAUGUCAGACAUCAUGAGAAAGAGAAGGAUAAUCGAUUUAAGCAGUUCCGGACACAGAAUUGGUGCGGGAAACACUCGUAAUGCAUUGAACGACAGAUUGGACCGACCUUAUGCGACUCCAUCACAAUACUUCCUGAGUACUCUAAGCCACCGAGCUCAGAUGGACAAUGUUGACUCCGUGCUACUUGCAAAAGCAGCAGCUAAUGAGGCUGUCGCAGCUGUACAACAAGGGCAGCCUUCAUCGUCUAUUCAGGCGCAAGCACGCGAGGCAGAUAUAUGUGCACUGGCUGAGCUCUCUCGCCAGCUGGAUAAAAAAGAAGCGUUGUUGGUGGAGCUGCGUCGUAUGAAUGAUGAAGCUGACAGGAGCGCUGGGGAAGCAGAAUCUCUAAGAAACUCGGAAGCAUUCAAGAUACAGUAUGCCACCGUUGUUCUUCAGCUAAAGAACGUCAAUAAGCAGGUCUCUGCUGCUGUCGUUCAGCUGAGAGAACGCAAUCGAUACCAAGAAAACUUAGUAGCUCCAUGGCACUCGCCUCCUUGUGCCGCUGCGGACGGAGCCGUAGCAGGCCUCGGUGCAGGCUCGCCGGCCGAAGAGAUAUCCCUGACGACGAGGAAGGACGCUAGAUCCAUGGUUUCGGCUUUCGUUCAGGCCGUGUGCUGCCUCAAAGAAGGUGAGGAUGCCUUGUCAAGGUUGGGAAAACAACAUAACUAUGUGGAUGGUCAACCUGCAAAAGAGGGGGGAACGGGGACGGGGACGGGGUUGGGUUUUGGUUCUUCGCCUCCUGCUAAUCACCACCAAUCACAGGGCUUUGAUAAGUCACAAACGCUACCGCAAGACACACAAGCGACGAGUCAAGUUCCCACAGCACCUUAUCCUCCAGACAUAGACGCCUACAUUCCAGCAGAGUUCAUCGCUUCCUGCCUGACAACCCUGUUAAUGAUCAAGACGUGCACGGAGAGGCAAUUGCCACCCUCGGAUGUGGCAGUCAUGUUUGAAAACGUGCUGGAGAACUUGCGGCCGCAUAACGCGACGAACCACCAGAUAUACAAGGAGGUGGAGCAGUGCUUCGAUGUGCUCAAGAACCAAGUCACGGCCCAAGUCUCGAUCCGGUCCAAUAUCUCACUCCCCGUGGAUUGUCACUUGCAAUGACGCGCGCCCUCCCGGAGUUAAGUUUUUCUUAUUUCUCCUCUUCCUAUUAACACCACAAACAGAGAUGAGAAACAACCAAAAUAAGAGAACGCGAAGCCAAAGCAUUCUUUCCGUGGAAAGUGGUGAAUUUGCCAGGUUCCAUCUCCUGUACAAUGAGAAACAAAGAAAUCGACAGCACCAACGUGCUCAACGCUUUGAUUCGUAAA